AUGCACUUGUUUAGCCAUGAUGAAAUUAAUUUAUUGGAGGUAUCCUAAUAGAGGAUUGCUAGGCCGCAUAAGAUGGAUAGUUAGAGUUCAUAAGUAAUCAGCUGAUCUCUUUGUCGUCAAAACAGUUAUAGGAUGCCUGCAAAAAGACAGAUUAUUAUGGUAGAAACGCCUUGCAUUAUGUAAGUGGAUUACUAAGGUAGGCUGCUUACAGAGGACACUAUGAUGUGGUUGAAUAUUUCCUUGAUUUGCAGUGUAUAAACAUAAAUUCGAAAGAUAAUAAAGGUAGAACAUAAACUCUAUGUUUAAAGGUAAUACAGCAUUAAUGCUCGCUUGUGUUCGAGGAUAUAACUAAGAUAUUGCGAGUCUUAAAAAAGGUUCUAAGUUUGAUAUAUGUUCACUACUUUUAGAAAGAGGUGCAUCUGUUUAGGAGUUCAAGAAAUAGGGAAUAAAUAACCCUUUGCAUUGGACUUGUUAUUUCGGAGACUUAAAAACAACAAAAUUAUUGAUGUUUGUGGAGCCUAGCUUAAGUAAAUGAAUGAAUUGAGAUUCUAGUGUUGUAUUCAAAUGAUAGAGAUUAGUUUCCAAUAGAUUUGGCAUUGAUGACAGGAAAAGAGUUGGAUGAUAGAGGAGAGGAUGAAAAGGUGUUGGAGUUCAUGAUAUUGAAGUUCUUAGCUUAAUACUUGGCUAAUGAUGAGCAUAAAAAGAAGUUGGAAUUAUCAUUGGAUGAACAUGAAUCCUAUAGAUAUUUGCAAUAGAGCAACUUUAACAUUAAAUCCUCGAAUUAAUUAGCAUAAGUAGGACUUCGAUAUUUGUUUUGGGCAAGUACUUUGGGGAGAUUGGACCUGGUGGAGCCCUUGAUAAGUUGUAGGUACUCCCCCUUUGAACCAUCUUACAAGGGCAGGAAUGCUUUGCAUGCAGCUGUGUAUCAUAAUAGAAAAGAACUGGUUGAAUAUUUUUUGGAAUCAGAAUCUGUAAAGGAAUUUCGAGUUGGGAACGUAAUUAAUAGGAUGACCAAAGUGAAACCUCAAACGGCUUUGCAUGUGGCAGUUGAAAGAGGACAUAUUGAUAUAGUAAAAAAAUUAAUAAAGAAAGGAGCAGAUCCUAAUUACUACAAUUUUCGUAAUCAUCGAGCUUUUGAUUAAUCGAGAUUGACAGAAAUCAAGCAUUUGAAGAGGGAAUUGUUGAAUAACUCUGAAAAGAAUUAUUUAAGAUCUGGAUACAAUCAUAUAUUAGUAGGAUGGCAAAGAGCAAAAAACUAAUUGUUAGAAUAAUAAUUCUACAACAUAUAACAAAAGAAGAAUUUCGAAAAGGGAAUGUUCAAAUAUUUGCCUAUUGAAUCUAUAGAUAAAUAAUACACAUAUUAUUGUUUGAAAGUAGAUGAAAAACUAAAAAAUAUGAUUGCUGAUGAAACUAAAAUGAUGAUCUACAAUUCAAGGGAAGCCUACUUAUGUCCAUUCAAUAUUCAAAUUCAAGAACAAUUUGAAAAUUUUCAUCAUAUUCAUGACUAAUAGAUAUUAUAGACUUUAUUGUAUGAUGAGUUUGACAUUGAUUAAUUUAUCAAUGAUGGUCUUUUGAUUGAAUAGUAUCCUCUACAUGAUGAAGAGGAGAAAGAAUUGAUUUUGAAGUUUUGGAGAAAUGAGAGAUUUCACAUUUUAUUUGAACCCUUUUAAUUAAGUAGAUCAUAAAGCAGAACAUUUAGUGCCUUAUCUUCUUACUUUGGUGCAGAAAUAGGAAUGUUUUUUGUAUUCUUAUGCUUUUUUACAACAUGGCUAUUUUUGCCUGCUGUUCCUGGAUUAUUCAUUGGGAUAUUUCAUUUUAUUAAUGGAGAUUCUAUUAAUGCCGUUGCUCCAAUCUACACAUUGUGUAUGGCUGUAUGGGCAACAAUAUUCUUUGAGUUUUGGAAGAGAAAGUAAAGUGAAACCAUGUACAAUUUUGAUAUGCAUGUUACUGAGGAAUAAAGAAGGACAAUUCCUUAGUAUAAGGGAGCCUUUAUUAUUGAAGAUGUAACUCAUACGAUUGAAAUUAUGGACACAAGGAAUGUCUAAUGGAAGUAUUUUAAAUCAAACAUUCCCUUAGUUUUGAUCGCUGUCCUCUUCAUUGGUGGAGAACAAUUUGGGUAUUAUUAUCUCAAACAAAUUAAUGAGGGAGAAUAAUUUUAUGAUUCUCUAUGGGCAUGUGUCCUGGCAUUCUCGAUACUUAUAACAAAUGAGAUCUUUAAUUUUUUUGCUAAACAUACAUUAAAUUAUGAAAAUCAUUAAUAUCAAGAUGAAAGAGAGAAUGUAUACAUUAUGAAGGUGUUUGCCUUCACUUUUCUGAAUUCAUUCGGCCGAUUAUUUUAUAGAAGUCUAAUUAGACCUGAUUCUGAAGAACUAGAUUUACUAAGUAUAUCAUUUACUAUAACUUGGUCACUUGUUCAUUUGAUUAGGUAUACACUCUACCCUCUCAUUUCGUUUGCUUUUAUAAAGAUUAAAUUUAAUUGGGAUUUCAACAAAUACAAAUAAAACAAUUCAAAAUAGUUAGCUGUUGCUUAAAGAAUAAGUGUUUAUGAUACUGAAACUAGUGCCAUUAACAAAUCAAUAGAUAAAGGAUUGUCGACUCUAUACUUUCUAUCCUAAAUUGAAUUAAAUAGAAGAAUGAUUGAUCCUCCAAAUCAUGUCGAAUAAUUUACUUAUUUUGUAUAUCAUGAUAUUAAUAUAGAUGACUCAAUUUUGCAUGGCCACUAUGUUUAGUGCAGGAUCUUAAAUAAUUCCUAUUGCAAUUUUAUUCUUUAACAUUCUCAAUAUAGAGGGUCUCCUUUAUGGUUAUAGAAAGUUUGUUAAACGACCAUUAGCAGAACCAAAAAAGAGCAUUGGAGUUUGGAAUGACAUCCUACAAUUAGUUGGAUACAUUGGGAUUGUGUCGAAUUGUUUAUCCAUUUAUCAGGCAAAUUAGACACAAUUGAAUACGUUGAUCGGAGAAGAUCCGAAUGCUUCCAAUGAUUAAACCGAUGUAUACAUAGCAUCUUAAUUAGCUUGGACUUCGGAAUUUUCUCUUUCUCAUUGUAGCUGAACACAUAGUUAUUGGAAUCAAAUUUGUAAUCGAAGGAGUAAUUCCAGAUGAACCUGAAUGGGUUGAGGUGAUACUCAAAAGAGAGGAAUUCUUGACUGACAAAAACAAGACAAAGAAGGGGGAAUAGUCGAAAAUUAUUGAAAUCAAAACCAAAAAAGAAUGA